AUGGUGAAAUACUCCAGGGACCCUUCGAACGUCUCCAAGUGUGUCAAGGCCAAGGGCUCACACCUGCGCGCGCACUUCAAAAACACAUACGAGACUGCGGCGGCCAUUCGUGGCAUGUCUGUCAUCGCUGCCAAGAAGUACCUCCAGGACGUCAUAGACCACAAGCGUUGUGUGCCUUUCCGCAAGUUCAACGGAGGCGUCGGACGCUGCGCCCAGGCCAAGCAGUUCAAGCACACACAGGGAAGAUGGCCCGAGAAGUCGUGCCGCAUCCUUAUCGACCUGCUCGUCAACCUCCUGUCCAACGCAGAGGUUAAGGGACUGGAAACGGACCAGCUCUACAUUGAACACAUCCAGAUCAACAGAGCACCACUGGGAAGGAGGCGCUCAUACCGCGCUCAUGGUAGGAUCAUUCCCUUCCUCUCCCACCCCUGCCACGUGGAAAUUAUCGCUGUUGAGAAGGACGAAACCGUUCCUAAGCACGUAGAUGCUGCCAAGAAGGUUAUCAAACUCAACAAACGCCAGUUGGCCAGGUUCAGGCUAAAGGAUGCCAGAGCUGCCGCCAUGGCUGCACUCAGGGCAUCUAGGGCGAACUGA